GUAGAUAUCAGCCGUGUGAUGACCUUCGGAGACGGGAACAACGACAAAGAGAUGCUCAGAGCAUCUGGACUGGGCUGUGCGAUGGGGAACGGUCGUGUGGAAACGAAGGCGGCAGCCAAUGUGACUAUAGGCUCAAACGUAGAAUCGGGACAGGCCAAGUUUCUGGCGAAGCUAUUUGGGAUUUAA